GGAUGGGCCAGCCGCGUGGAGCACCUGAAGCCGAAUCCUGUUAUAUUAAAAAGAAUUCCCACCUGAUACUAGCUAAGCCUGUCCCUGCCAGGCUUACUCUGCUCUUUCUCACCUCGUACAUUGCCCUGUCUGUGUCAAUGUCUUGCGAAUAAUCCUCGGUUCCAUCAAACUUCUCACCCUGAGAAUGUUGCUCGCCGACAGAUCCCCCGAUGGGGAAUACGUCAAUGUGUUUUACAUGGGGGGAUUCAUCUUUCUGGCUUAUUUAGUCAGUGUGAUGGGAUGUACAACAACGUUGGAGCUUCUCCAUAGGCGUACAUCCAGAGCCGGUCUGUACAACUGGUAUCUACUACUUACCUCCUCCAUUACCAUGGGCGGUGUUGGUAUCUGGUGUAUGCAUUAUAUCGGAAACCGUGCCAUUGUCUUGGGAGAUGGAGCUGUGCAGACCCAGAUCAUCUACAGCAUGAGAUUCACCGGUGUAUCCUUUGUGCUCCCAGUUGUCGUCCUGCUUAUUGCCUUCUACUGCAUCGGGGCUAGCGAGAAAGCUAGUUAUAUUCGGAUCCUGGCGGGUGGUAUACUGACUGGCGGCGCGGUUUGUGGGAUGCAUUAUAUCGGUCAGCUCGGUAUCAGUAACUACACAUGCACCUACCGAAUUGCGAAUGUCGUGGGCGCCGCCAUAAUCGCCGUGUUUGCUAGCACGGUCGCCUUGACGGUCUUCUUCCGGUGGAGGGCCACCUGGACGGAUAGCUGGUGGCGGCGUGGUAUUUGUGGCUGCGUCCUCGCUCUCGCCGUUUCGGGCAUGCACUGGACGGCUGCUGUUGGCACAUACUACUACAACCAUGACAGGACUAUGCAACAUAAUGGCCAGCUUUCUCGGAGCCAGGUUGUCAUCAUUUGCGCUGUUUUGGCAUGCGCUGCUUGCGGAGUUUUGACGGCGUGCGCUGUAGCCGCUGGUGGAAACCGACGACGACUCAACAUACAAGCUCGACAGCUGGUCCUGACUUGUGCUUUCUUUGACCAAUCCGGGCGGAUCAUGGUCACUCCUCAUGCGCUGCUUCCCAGUCGGAAAAUUGUCGAUCGUUAUAUUGGAAAGACAUUCAACGAUGACGAUCUUACCCGGAGCCACCCAGCUUUUCUUUGGGCAUUUCGAGCGAGCAGACACUGGAAUUUGGUCAAGGAUGUCGUUCCUUUCAUGAGGAGUCGGAUUGAGACGGACAAAGAGGCGACGGAACACUACAUUGCCAAGGGCGAGCCUUCGGAUCAGGAGACUGAGUUGCAGAGCGAUUUCGACGAGCUAUUCAAGCGGCACUUCUGUGUGACCGCUCAAGAUCUUGCCGACGAAGUUCGACAGCCUCUGCCAUCCCUCGGAAAACUAUACGAUGAUGUGUUGAUUACAACCGCACCGACGUCGCGCUUCUCUCGAGCGAUGGGCUACUCGCGGCUAAGCAAUAGCAAGGGUCAAAUGUUGUUCACGGUGCGCCAUUUGGAAAAGCAAGAAGCCAAUCGACUGGCCGCCGCAGGUUUCCGUUUCACACCUAUUGAAAACGUCACUUCCGCCUUGUCGAAUCGAAUGCACAUUCCGUUGCCGGUUUUGGGCUCGCAUCUCCGAGGCAUGCGAGAUUAUGCGACCUCGGGUCGCAAUUACGAGCCUGGCGUCCAUCUUGUUUCCUUCGUCAUGCGCCCUACCAUCUCCGAUCACUUUGAGGUGCUAACGGCAAAGGGGACCGGUAACCCAUUGCCCUCGUCAACCUUACCGAUCAAACGUAUACAGAUUCAACACCUCGACCUGAUAUCACACAUGGAAGGAUGGACCAUAUCUACCUGCUUGACUUGGCUGCAGUCCGAAGCGGCAAAGUCUCAUCGGGAUAUCAAUGACUUCCGCGAGCAACUGAUCCACGCAAUGACGUCGCUAGCCAGUGCACUACCCCCCGAUAUCAACAUGGCCUCUAAAUUCUCGGCUCGGCCCUUGAUUGCUCCUUGUCGCUCUCCGUCUGGCUCUGAUGCUUCAAACUGUAUCGUCUUACCAUUCUGCGCAGUCGGAAACCUGGAUACGCAAGUGUCGAACCCCGACUUCACGUUCAUGCCUCUACGCCUUUUCCGCGUCCAGCAACAAUUGAAUGACGCGAAUAUCGGAGGUGAUGGGUUUGCGAAAGAACUGGGCCGGGAGUUGUACUACUCGAAUGCACGCAGCAGCUCCGCCACCGAGGCCGACGUGCCAGCCUCCCUCCGAUCUGUUUUGAAAUUCUGGCCACGCAAGAACCUGGAUCCUACGAGGAGGGAUCUUUCCCAGGAAACACUGACAGAGCUCUCGCAGCUGGGUGACAUCAUGGUCCGGAAGGAGGUCAAGGUCGAUGUCGCCAAGCUAUCGGAACCAGCACUCGAAUCCUCGCUGGGCAGACAUGCUUCGCACGCCACUGUGGUAGCCGGUGACAUGGCUACCAGCACUUACGUGGAUGAACUCUACAAUCUUUGCUACUCGCCUGGUGUCCGUCUGCGACCGGACACCGCCAUCACUCAGGUCUCGAACGGAUGAAGUGCUCCUCAUCGAGUAUCACCCAAUCAACUUGGACAUUCGCCUGAGCGAAGCCAGGCUUCCAACGAGAGGAGCAGCGACGUCCUCGAUACGAGAACCAGCCCCUCAUGGAAUCACGCAAUGUGUUCCCAGGCCCAGAACGGACCCACA